AUGGAUUGUAGCAAAUUGGCAAAAGAUGGGACCCCUGAAUUAGGAAUGGAGUUCAACAGUGAAGAUGAUGCGUACAAGUUUUACAACAAAUAUGCAUUUAAAAUGGAUUUUAGUGUACGCAAAGACUAUCUAAAUAAAGACAAAGACGGUGUGACCACAUCUAGGAGAUAUAGUUGUUGCAAAGAAGGUGUAAAAUGCAAGUACAAAGGUGAUGUGAUGCCAAAGAGGACACGAACGCCGACAAAAACGGGGUGUGGAGCUAAAAUGGUUAUCGUGUUGCUUAGAGGGACAAUGAAGUACCGUGUGCAUGACCUUGUCUUAGAACAUAACCAUGAGUUGCACAUUGUUCAAUGUUCGCACAUGAUGCCAUCACAAAGAAAAAUAAGUGAGGCUCAAGGAUUCCAAGCUGAAAUAAGCGAGGAUGCUGGGCUUUCAUUGAAACAGAGUCAUGAGCUUAUGGGAAAGGAGGCAGGAAUGUUAAUUGACUACAACUUUUUUGGAGACGUAGUCACAUUCGACACAAGUUACAAAACAAAUAAAGAAUACCGGCCACUUGGAGUGUUUGUGAGUUUUAACCAACAUAGACAAAUUGUGAUAUUCGGUGCUGCCCUUAUGUAUGAUGAGACUAUAGAUUCUUUCAAAUGGGUAUUUGGUACAUUUCUAGAAUCAAUGUGCGGAAAGCGUCCAAGUACCAUACUAACCGAUCAAGAUCACGCCAUGGUAGCCGCUCUUUCAAUUGUCAUGCCUGAAACAUUUCACGGUCUAUGUACGUUUCACAUAAAGUAUAAUUUUAUGAAACAUCUUGGCAAUCACUACAAGAAAAAUAGUGAUCUUCUAUACAUGUUUGGUGCCUGCAUGUAUGAAUUUGAAGAAGUAGAACAAUUCAAUAGGGUGUGGGAGGCGAUGGUGAAGAAACACAAUCUUGAAAAUAAUGAAUGGUUCUCCGGGUUGUAUCGAAUUCGUGAUAAAUGGGCAAGGUGCUUAAUGAAAGAAAGAUAG